AAUGACUAAUUAGUUUUAUCAAUCGUAGAUCUAUGACAACAAAUACUGAAGCAUUGUGAUUUUGAUAAUCUUUAACUUUACAAUAUAUUUUCGGAGAAAAAAAUGAACGAAAUCGUAUUACUUGUUUCUUUAGGUUUGGGCAAUGUCAUUUUCGCGCACCUUCGAAAAAGAAAUAUUUCGCGCACAUAAGUUUUUGCGCGGAUAAAUGCGCGAUAAAUUAAUAAUUUUGCACUAUCAAUUGUUUACACAACGACACGACCAGUGUACGCUUGAAAUGUCAAAAAAAAAAAAUUAUAAUAACAAAAAGCCCUGCAACUGUGGAGCUUCCCACUGUGCAAUAAAACUUCCCGGUUUGAUUAGAUCAUGCACAGCUAUGGAGAAUAGACAGAGUAGGGACACAUUUAAGUUACCGAUACAAUCAUCAUUAAAUUAAGUUUUAUCAUGUGAUUCUCUGUCUCUCCCGAACACAUUUAGUGAAAACGAAGUCUAACAUCGCCACCAGAGCCAUCAGUGUACCAGGGGUCGAAUAAAUUAUUCACACAAUGUGUAAAAGACCUUUUCUGUAAUUUAUUUUUUUGUUUAGAAAUUUAUUUAUACUGCUGAUAAGCUAUUUAUUUUUAUGCAGUAUUUUUCUUAUUUUUUGAUAGAAACAGACGGACAUAUUUUAUUAUCAGAUUCUUUUUCGGUUCGGUUCAUCCCUAACAUUUAAAUAAAAGUUAAUUUCUUUUUCCUCUUUGACAAUAUAUAACCAUUUUUCGCGCGUAGUUUUGUUAGCAUAUAAGAUUUCAAAGCUAUUUUUACUUUUAAUUGCAUUCGAAAUAGCUAGCUUCAUCUUUUGAACGCAUUCUGGGUUCUAACUACUCCUCCGUGUACUCCGGUGCUCGUUAAAAGCCUCGUUAAUGUUGUGUUUAUUUCGGUUUGUUAAUCAUGUGAGACGCUUAUAAUAAAUACGAGGUGUAUAAUAAACGUAAUAAAAUAAAAGUACGAAUGCGAAGAGUCCGUACUUCUUUGCUAUAAAACAACAAGUUCGUUCCGUCAACAGCAUUUAUUUAGCUGAUAUGAUUUCUCCAAGCAAGACGCAGAACAGGCCUUCGCCUGUUUGUAUUAUUUCUACGGAUGCAGAGCAAGAAAAUCCAAAUAAGAUAUUUCUUGGAGGGAUACCACCUCAGGCUACAGAGAAGCAACUUGAGGAUUUUUUUUCUGAAUAUGGUAAAGUAAAAGACGUUCGCAUUGUUACAGACAGAAUUACUGCCGAAAGUAAAGGAUACGGUUUUGUCACUUUUGAUGCGAGUGAAAAUGUCGACCAUCUGGUCGAGAAGAAAGCCAUCCGAAUGUAUGGAAAAAAAUUACGCGUGCGAAAAGCCAUACGACGACAUGGAUCCCAGUUUGAACAUCUAAGUCCCAGCCAACCUAAAAGGCAAGCAACCAUAGUGGUUCCGGUUGGACAGCACACCACCAACUCUGCACCAAUUCCAAUUCCUUCGAAUUAUCAAGUGGCGCAAUACCAAUGCUAUCAGCCAUUAACUCCACCAGCAUCUCCCGAUCAUUUUUCAAGCAAAUCACCUCAAGAACAAGAGAUGCUACCAGUUACUGGAGACUACUCUCCGAUCGUAAUACCAUCCAUGUGUCCUCCAGAGUUUAAUUUCUUGCCGUACAAUGUUCCGUCACAAAACCAAGGACGUACGGCUUACUUGCAGGAUUAUUCGUCGUGUGUUUACAUGCCAUCACUACCUCAGUUUAUACACCAUCAUCCCGUACCUGUUUUUCAGUUCUAAAAAAAAAGACGAAAAAGAUUUUCGAAAGUACGUAAAUUCAAUUUGAUCCUGUUUGUAGUAUAAAUGUUAAAUUAUUAUUUAAAUUUUUUGUUUUUUGAAUUUUUAUACGUUAUUAAUUUAAAUUUUAAUUAUUAUAUCGUUUUAUAUAGUACUGGUGUUUCUAAAUUUUAUGAAGAAAAUCUAUGGCGAAAUUUUUUUAGGAGAUUUUUUUUCUCAGUCAUGUGGUUUUUCUUGAACAAUUUUCUAUCUAGGUUUGUACUUCGUGUUAUUUCCAAAUAUUUAUGUCCUUAUAUUUAUAUAUAUUUUUAUACAUUUAUAAAUUUAUCUGGUUUCAGUUCAGUGGAUGUGAUCUGGAUCACGUCCACUGCUUUACUGCCAGAAUUUCAAAAUGAAACAAAUAAUUUAUAUGACCAAUGUAAAUAUGUUGAGUUGUUAUAGCAAGCAAAAAUGUGUUUAACACA